AUGCGCGCCGCUUCCGUUCUUCUCGGCCUGGCCGCAUCCGCCAUCGCCGCCCCCUCGCCGUCCGUGGAGUCGCGCGACAACGGCGGUGACCAGUUCACCCUCGGCCAGCCCAUCAGCAAGGACGGCAAGGGCGGUCGUAUCCUAGGCGGCACCAACAAGGAGCUCGACUUGCAGAACCCGGACAACCUCGGCCAGCAGUCGACCGACGCCGGCAUCGUGCCCAACCUCAAGUGGAGCUUCUCCGACUCCAAGACGCGCAUCCUCAAGGGCGGCUGGGUCCGCGAGCAGGUCGUCACCGACCUGCCCUCCAGCCACGACAUCGCCGGCGCCCAGCAGCACCUGAAGAAGGGCGCCAUCCGCGAGCUUCACUGGCACAAAGUGGCGGAAUGGGGCAUCAUCUACAACGGCAGAAUCACCGUCUCGGCCGUCGACGAGAACGGCGUCUACCAGGCCACCGAGAUUGGCUACGGCGACGUCUGGUACUUUCCCCCCGGCGUCGCCCACACCGUGCAGGAUCGGGUAUGCCUUCCCCAUCUCACCGCCGCACCCUUUCCACUAACCCUCCCCACGCCCAAGGACAUACUUGCCAAGAACUUUGGCGUCCCCGAGUCCACCUUCAAGGACAUCCCCGCCGCCAACCCGUACAUCUUCAACGCCCCCGUCGCCACCAAGAAUGUCACCGGCGCCGUCACCCCGCAGGCCACCGGCGACGCCUCCUUCGUCUACCGCACGCUGCAGCACCCGCCCGAGAAGAUUGGCGGCACUGGCGGCACCUUCUACAAGAUUGACUCGACCAACUUUCCCAUCUCGAAGGAGAUUGCUGCCACCUUUGUGACGCUCAAGCCGGGCGGCCUGCGCGAGCUUCACUGGCACCCAAAUGCUGAGGAGUGGCUGUACUUCCACAAGGGCAAGGCUAGGGCCACCGCCUUCAUCGGCAACGGCGCGGCCCGCACCUUUGACUUUUCCGCCGGCGACACGGCCGUCUUCCCCACCAACGCCGGGCACUACAUCGAGAACACCUCCAAGGACGAGGACCUCGUGUGGAUCGAAAUCUACAAGUCGGACCACGUCGCCGACGUCUCCCUCUCCCAGUGGCUGGCCCUCACCCCACCCGAGAUUGCCGCGCAGACGCUCAAGGUCCCCGUGGAGUUUAUCGAGCAGAUCAAGAGGGAGAAGCAGGUCCUAAUUGAGUGA